ACCUUCGGGUCACUCUCGGGGUGGGGGUUUGUGAUGGGUGAGAGGGGAAAGUUCAGAGGUUAUAAUUUUGUUGUCUUUGUGUAAAGGAGUGGAGCUCGAUCUCACAUCACUCUUCCCUCUUCCCCGAGUCCUUUCUAAACUCUCCCCCGGGUUUCUACCCUCCCGAACCUCUCCCCUUCUACCCUUACAACCCCAACCCUCCCCCCGAUCACUUACCAGCGCACGAAUCAGAUCCAUCUCUGUGACCAAAGACUCCAGUUCUGUACUGACGACUUAGUUGCAGUUGCAGUUAUGGACUCCGGUGUGAUUGAAGGCGGGCUCAAUGUCACCCUCACCAUUAGGCUGCUCAUGCAUGGCAAGGAGGUCGGUAGCAUUAUUGGGAAGAAAGGUGAAUCUGUGAAGAAGAUGAGAGAAGAGAGUGGGGCUCGAAUCAACAUUUCUGAGGGCAAUUGUCCUGAGAGAAUCAUUACUUUGGCAGGUCCAACCACUGCCAUCUUUAAAGCAUUCUCCAUGAUCAUUGAAAAGUUGGAAGAGGAUAUAAGCAGUUCAAUGACAAACAGCACAGCUACCAGCAAGCCCCCAGUGACCCUACGCAUUGUGGUGCCUGCCAGCCAGUGUGGGUCCCUCAUUGGGAAAGGUGGCUGCAAGAUCAAGGAAAUUCGAGAGUCAACCGGUGCUCAGGUACAAGUGGCAGGAGACAUGCUCCCCAAUUCCACGGAGCGGGCCAUCACCAUUGCUGGCACUCCCCAGUCAAUAAUUGAGUGUGUAAAGCAGAUCUGUGUGGUCAUGCUUGAGUCUCCCCCUAAGGGGGUCACUAUCCCCUACCGACCCAAGCCUUCAGGAUCACCUGUCAUCUUUGCAGGCGGACAGGCAUAUGCCGUACAAGGACAGCACGCGAUUCCACAGCCAGAUUCUUCCUCUGCUGCUAUCUCUCCACAGCUCACCAAGCUUCACCAGCUGGCUAUGCAGCAGAGCCCCUUCCCCAUUGCACCAAGCAACCAGGGAUUCACUGGGAUAGAUGCCUCUGCUCAGACCAGUUCCCAUGAGAUGACCAUUCCAAAUGAUCUUAUUGGGUGCAUCAUCGGCCGCCAGGGAGCCAAGAUCAACGAGAUCAGGCAAAUGUCGGGCGCCCAGAUCAAGAUUGCAAAUCCAGUGGAUGGAUCGACCGACCGCCAGGUCACCAUCACAGGCUCACCUGCCAGCAUCAGUCUGGCGGAGUACCUCAUCAACGCCAGGCUUUCCUCUGAGGCCACAGGACUGGCAGCCAACUGAUAAGACACUGCAUCUGCACUAAAUCUCACUUUUAUAUCAUCGGCUACCAUAAAGCAGUCAAUGCAACUAUCCAACUUAAGAGUUUAUAUAUUAUACCGCCUCUUCCUCAUUUGAAAUCAUGUCAACUGCCACUGAUUUGAUCCGCUGAGCUCAUUAUUUAUUUUUUUCGUUUUGGUUUUAGUCAAAAGAAGCAAACAAUUAGGUUUUUAAUUCCCUUUUUGGAAUCAAGUUGGAGGUUUUAAUGAUUUGUGAUUAGAAUUUGUUUUUUUCCCCCCUUUUUCUUUUUUUGACGGGUCUCUCGCUCUCUUCCCUUUUCUUUCUUUGCCAUCACAGAGGUGUAGAGUUGGAAAACUCUGAAUAGGCAUAUAGAUUUAGUUCUGUACAGUCGUUUUUUUUCUUUAAAAAGGAAAAGACAAAAAAAGGCAAAAAAAAAGUAUCAAAAAUAAGAAUAGAGUGACUGUUUUAUUCUGUGUUUAUAUAUGCCCCCCCACCCUUUUUUUUUUCUCUCCCUCUUUCUCUCUCUCCCAGUUCCACCAGUCAGUCCAUUUCAUGUCCACACUUCCUUGCUUUUAGUAUAUACAACAUCCUCCCCCUUUGUCACCUUUUCAAUUAAAGUGCUUGUAACAUGGAUUACACUUGUGUCACUGACGAGAAUACGUAGCUGUACAUGCACUGUCACCGGAUUAUAUUUGGUUAUGAUGACAAAUGUUCUAACACUCAGAUGAAUUUAUUCAGAUAAUUUAAGAUGUGUUUUAUUACGCAUGUCACUUUUUCCUUCCCUCUACAUGUCAUUCCUGUUUUCCCCUUCUCCCAGUUCUGAGAUCAUGUGUCGAUAUUUUGCUGGGAUGGGAGGUUUUUGGGGUUUGGGCUCGGCUCAAGGGAUUGGAAGUAGAGGGUUGUCCUCGCUUUUUUUGUAAAGACUGAUAUAUACUAAAAAAAAAAGAAAAGAAAAAAAAAGUUGGAAUAUUUGUUUUAAAUGGAGGAAAUAUUUUUUUUUAACUACCAAAGGGGGAUUAACUCCUGGACACUGACUGAUCUGUCUAUUAAAUGUGAUGAGGCUGAGAACUGAAAUCUUUGAUGCUCUGGAACUAGACAAAGAAAGGGUUGUGAGUUAACACUAGUUUCCUGCUCUUUGCUUUGCUCAAGUCAGAAUUUAUUUUAUUUUUUAUUUGCAGGAAAGUUUAAAAAAAACAAAAAACUUUUGUGCACGUUUUUUGAGACUGUAGACCUGGGUGCCACAACAUUGUUUAAAAAAAUAAAGAAAUAAAGAUGUGAAAUGCUCAAACCA